AUGACAAAAAUCGGUUUUGCUGUGGAUCGGGGUGGGACUUUUACGGAUGUGUGCGUCUUUUAUCCAAACGGGAAAACGAGAGUACUCAAAUUGUUGAGUGAAGAUCCAGAAAAUUAUGCUGAUGCGCCAACGGAGGCGAUUCGAAGGGUAUUGGAAGAGGAAACAAAAGGAGAGAUUCGGAGGGGAGAAUUGAUACCAACUGAGAAUAUCGCUUGGAUUCGCAUGGGAACCACUGUGGCGACGAAUGCUCUUUUAGAAAGAAAAGGAGAGAAAACUGCAUUAUUGGUGACAAAGGGAUUCAAAGAUCUUUUAUUCAUUGGGAAUCAGUCAAGACCGAGGAUUUUCGACUUUGACAUUCGGAUACCGGAGGUUCUAUAUUCGGAUGUGAUUGAAAUUGACGAACGGGUGAUUCCGAGUAAUCAAAAAUGUGAAAUGAAAGAGAUUGGCGAGGAAGCAAUGGCAACAAAUGGACAAAAAAUCUUGGUGGAACGAUCAUUAAACGACGAGGAAUUGCGUGUUUCAUUGGAAGAGAUCAAAUCGAAUGGUUUUCACUCAUUAGCUGUUCUCUUUCUUCACUCAUACAUUUAUCCCGCGCAUGAGCUAGCCGUUGAACGUCUAGCGAAAGCGAUCGGCUUCAAGAAUAUCUCACUCUCACACAAAGCAAUGCCGAUGAUUAAAGCUGUGCCCAGGGGAUUCACGGUUUGCGCUGACGCGUAUCUGACUCCAAAAAUCGCAGAGUAUAUCAGGGGAUUCACAAAGGGAUUCUCAAAAGAAAUUGAGGGAAUUCGAGUCGAAUUUAUGCAAUCCGAUGGUGGAUUGUGCGACGUGCACAAUUUCUGCGGCUCUCGAGCGAUUCUUUCUGGUCCAGCUGGUGGGGUUGUUGGUGUGGCGAGGACAGCUUACAAUGAAGAGACUAAAAAACCAGUGAUCGGUUUCGAUAUGGGAGGGACGAGCACAGAUACGACAACAGCCGGGAUAACCAUUCAAGCACCACAGUUAGAUAUAAAUACAGUGGCUGCUGGUGGUGGAUCGCGGCUCUUCUUUCGGAAUGGUUUAUUUGUAGUUGGGCCAGAGUCAGCGGGAGCUCAUCCUGGGCCUGUUUCUUACAAAAAGAAUGGUUAUCUAGCCGUCACUGAUGCAAAUCUCGUUCUCGGUCGAAUUCUGCCAGAAUAUUUCCCAAAUAUCUUUGGUCAUUCAGCAAAUCAACCGCUUGAUAAAGAAGCUGCAUUGAAAGCUUUUGAAGAAUUCGCAAAAGAUGUGAACAAACACGUGAAAGAGAAUCGAGAAGCGAUACAGAAAAAGUACACAAUCGAAGAAGUGGCUUUGGGUUGUAUCGCGGUGGCAAAUGAGGAGAUGUGUCGACCGAUUCGGGCACUUACACAGGCUAAAGGCUAUGAUACAUCGGAUCAUGUGCUCGCGUGUUUUGGUGGCGCUGGUGGGCAACACGCUUGUGCAGUGGCAAGGACUUUAGGUAUCCGUGAAGUGUUCGUUCACAAAUAUUCGGGUGUUCUCUCUGCUUAUGGGAUCGCAUUAGCCGAUGUUGUGGCUGAGAUGCAAGAACCAGCACAAAAAACAUUCAAUAAAGAAAACUUUCCAUUCUUCGUCAAGCGUUUUACUCAUCUUGCCAAAGAAGCUAGUGAACAGUUGAAAGCUCAAGGAUUCGAGGACUCAUCAAUUGAAGCCGAAUUCUACCUUCACAUGCGAUAUUUCAAAACCGAUUGUGCUAUCAUGAUUUGUGCUCCGUUUAAACCGGGAAAUUCUCGUCCUGAAACAAUUGAAAAAUUCAUGGAAAUUUUUCGAUCCACUUACAAACGGGAAUUCGGUUUCAUUUUGGAGAAUCGAGAGGUGCAAGUCGAUGAUAUUAGAGUUCGCGGAAUCGGGAAGAGUGAAAUCAAGAUUCGAGAGAAGAUCGAGCACUGCGAUGAUCCGUUGAAUGCGCCGUCAAUCGGGCAAAAGGAUUGUUAUUUUGAGGAUGGCCCACAAAAGACUCAACUCUACGAUUUGAAGGGUCUACAAGGGGGACAUAUUGUAAAAGGACCCUCAAUAAUCAUCGACGCUAACAGUACAAUUGUUGUCGAGCCCGGCUGUACAGCAACGAUCAGUGAUGAGGGAAAUGUGCGAAUUGAAGUGGCAUCGAUGAGUGAGAGGGAUAAAAGUACACAGGUUGACCCAAUUCGUCUAUCGAUUUUCUCAAAUCGUUUCAUGUCAAUCGCUGAACAAAUGGGGCGAGUACUGCAGAGGACAUCGAUAUCAACGAAUAUAAAAGAACGUCUCGACUUUUCGUGCGCUCUUUUUGGGCCCGAUGGUGGGCUUAUCGCGAAUGCACCCCAUAUUCCGGUUCAUUUAGGCGGAAUGCAGUAUGCGGUGAAAUUUCAAAUCUCGAAUCUCGGUUCGGAUGGAAUCCAUGAAGGGGAUGUCAUUCUAUCGAAUCACCCAAAAGCCGGUGGAAGUCAUUUACCGGAUUUGACUGUGAUCACGCCGGUUUUCCUUCCAGGAAAUCAAAACCCAGUGUUCUUUUUGGCGAACCGGGGUCAUCACGCGGAUAUUGGAGGUCUUGUGCCUGGGAGUAUGCCACCGAAUGCCACACAAUUAUUGCAGGAAGGUGCUACAUUUGUCUCUUUCAAAAUCGUGGAUCGUGGGAAUUUCCAAGAGGAGCAACUCAUUGAACUCUUGAAUGCACCAGGGAAAGUGAAAGGUUGUUCCGGUACUCGUCAAUUGAGUGACAACAUCUCCGAUUUGAAAGCUCAAAUUGCUGCCAACAAUAAGGGAAUCGAUUUGGUGAUCGCUUUAAUUAAAGAGUAUGGCUUGGAGGUCGUUCAAGCCUACAUGCAACACAUUCAAAACACGGCCGAGGAAAGUGUCCGCGAUUUGCUCAAAAAAGUGGGUCAAAGAGUCGAAGAAGAGACCGGUCGCUCAUCGCUGAGCGCCGAAGAUUGGAUGGAUGAUGGCACGAUUUUGAAGUUGACUGUUGAUAUUGAUUCACAAAAGGGAGAAGCUGUUUUUGAUUUCACGGGAACUGGCCCUGAGUGUCUUUGGUCAACGAAUGCACCGAAUGCGGUGACUCUGUCAGCGGUCACCUAUUGUCUUCGCUGUCUCGUCGCCAGGGAUAUCCCGUUGAAUAGCGGUUGUUUGACACCAGUGAAAAUCGUGAUCCCGCCGAAUUCCCUUCUCGAUCCAUCAGAGAACGCGCCAGUCGUCGCAGGGAAUGUUCUGACCUCACAACGAAUUUGUGAUCUCAUUUUUAAAGCCUUCACAGCAGUGGCGGCUAGUCAAGGUUGUAUGAACAAUGUGACUUUCGGCGAUAACGAGUUCGGUUACUACGAGACGAUAGCCGGUGGAGCCGGUGCGGGUGAUGGUUUUGAUGGUCGUAGCGGGGUUCACACUCACAUGACAAACACGAGGAUCACCGAUCCCGAGAUUCUAGAAACAAGAUACCCUGUGAUUCUUCGUCAAUUUUCGCUUCGUCCAAACUCGGGUGGUCACGGGAAAUGGAGAGGCGGUGACGGAGUGAUUCGUCGGCUUCAGUUCCGAAAGCAAUUACAAGUCUCUCUGUUAACUGAAAGAAGAACUUUCUCCCCAUAUGGUCUUUUCGGUGGUGAACCUGGGAAACGUGGCCAAAACCUUUUACACCGGAAAAAUCGUAAGCUGAAUGUUGGCGCAAAAAUUACCAUGGAUGUGGAGCCUGGGGAUGAGCUCGAAAUUCUGACCCCAGGUGGUGGAGGCUAUGGAUCAAAGGAUGAA